AUGCCAAACGAUCUUAGGCCAAAUGACUGUGCCAAAUGGGGCACAAUCUCCUGCCGGAUGCCUCACGCAGGAAGACCUGAGACGCAUCUGAUUCACAUGACACAGUGGGAAGUCUAUUCGGACGAAAUGACCAUGCUGCAUGAUUAUGAACAACCGUCACCUGAACGCAAGCAGCCACUGGAAAAGAAUAAUAGCGCAAACUUGACGAAUCUCCGAAAACUGAUUGUGGACACGGUACCGUGGAAAUGGACAGCAAUUGAAGAGGAGGAAUUUAACCGAGUAAAGUCGCUAGCGGCUGACAGUGGCACCCUAAGGUAUUACAACGUCAAUCAGCCCUUGACCAUCGAGUGCGAUGCAAGCUGCUUCGGUCUGGGGGUAGUCGUAUUUCAAUCGGAUGGAAUAAUCGGGUAUGCUUCGAGAACGCUGACACAGACUGAAAAAAAUUACGCGCAAAUUGAAAAGGAACUACUAGCGAUACUUUUCGCUUGCGUUCGAUUCGAUCAACUAAUUGUUGGAAAUCCAAAGACCGUUGUUAAGACAGACCACAAACCACUCGUUAAUCUGUUUAAAAAACCGCUUCUUUCAGCUCCACGCCGACUUCAGCAUAUGUUGCUCAAUUUGCAAGGGUAUUGUAUGUGCAUCGAGUACGUAACGGGAAAAGACAAUGUUGUAGCCGACGCGCUAUCUCGAGCCCCACUUGAUGAGCAGAUUCCUGGUGACCUUUUUAAGAAGCUUAAUAUAUGCAAAGUUUCGAAGGAAAUUGGAGAGCUUCAGUUGAGCAGAUUCCUAUGUGUUUCGGAUAGUCGAUUGAACGAGAUAAAAAUGGAGACGGAAAAAGAUCAGUCGAUGCAGCUGAUCAUCGGCUACACGCAGCAAGGCUGGCCAUCGACAGCUGACCGAGUGCCAGAUACAGUUAAAAUUUACUACAACUACCGCAACGAACUCUCAACACAAGAUAGGUUAGUCUUCCGAGGUGAUCGUAUUGUAGUGCCGCACCUUCUUCGACGAAAGCUGGUAGACAGUUGCCAUGUAAGCCACAAUGGAAUAGAGUCGACUCUGAAGUUAGCUAGGGCCAAUCUCUUUUGGCCAGGAAUGACUUCUCAAAUCAAGGAUGUUGUAAAAGAGAGUAAAACAUGCUCCAAGUAUGCAGCCUCGCAGCCAAAUCCACCCAUGAUGAGCCACUGCAUUCCCGUCUAUCCUUUCCAACUUGUUUCGAUGGAUGUCUUCCAGGCUGAGUAUCACAGCGUAACACGAAAGUUUUUGGUGACGGUUGACCACUACUCGGAUUACUUUGAGAUUGAUAUUUUAAAAGAUUUGACUCCCGAAUCCGUCAUCGACAUAUGUAAAAUAAAUUUUGCUCGUCAUGGAAAGCCACAGAGGGUGAUCACCGACAACGCUACUAAUUUUUGCAAUGCAAAAAUGGUUCGAUUCGCGAGCGACUGGGAUUUUGAGUUGGUCACGUCAGCGCCUCACCAUCAACAGGCGAACGGGAAAUCGGAGGCAUCUGUAAAAAUUGCAAAAAGAUUAAUUAAGAAAUCGGAGGAAACAGGUACUGAUUUUUGUUACGCUUUACUACAUUGGCGAAACAUUCCCAAUAAGAUCGGUUCCAGUCCUGCAGCUCGACUUUUCUCACGUUCGACGCGAUGUGGUGUGCCAACAUCUGCAGCCAAUCUCUUCCCAAGAGUGAUUGAAGGAGUGCCUGCGGAUAUUGAGAAGAAUCGCAAAUCUUUCAAAAAGAAUUACGAUAAAAACACUCGCCAACUACCAGAGCUUCAAACCGGCUCACCUGUGUACGUACAGUUGCAUCCAGAUACUUCUAAACUGUGGAGUGCUGGAACGAUUGCAGACCGCCUUAGUGAACGCUCCUACCGCGUAAACGUUGAUGGGUCGCAGUUUGGUGCAUUUGAAGCCACGUAA